GCUCCCACACUUCUCCCGGAGUCUCCGACGUGAGGCGGGAGGCGUCCGUCCCCGCGGUGCGUAUCGCCAUGCCCGGCGGGCACGGUCUCCUCCUGGGAAGCUGAAGCGGAGACUUAACCGGCCGGCGCGCGCGGGGGGAUCGGGGCGCGAGAGUCCAGAUGCCCAUCCAGCCUACAGGCAAAGAAACAGAGGAGAUGGAGGCUGAGGGCGAUUCAGCAGCCGAGAUGAAUGGAGAGGAGGAUGAGAGUGAGGAAGAACGGAGUGGCAGUCAGACUGAAUCGGAAGAGGAGAGCUCAGAGAUGGACGACGAGGACUAUGAACGGCGCCGCAGUGAGUGUGUCAGUGAGAUGCUGGACCUGGAGAAGCAGUUCUCAGAACUGAAGGAGAAGUUGUUCAGGGAGCGGCUGAGCCAGCUGCGCUUGCGGCUGGAGGAAGUGGGGGCUGAGAGAGCCCCAGAAUACACAGAACCUCUUGGAGGGCUGCAGCGGAGCCUCAAGAUCCGCAUUCAGGUGGCAGGGAUCUACAAGGGCUUCUGUCUGGAUGUAAUCAGGAAUAAGUAUGAGUGUGAGCUUCAGGGAGCCAAACAGCACCUGGAGAGCGAGAAGCUACUGCUGUAUGACACACUGCUUGGGGAGCUGCAGGAGCGGAUCCAGAGGCUGGAGGAGGACCGCCAGAGCCUGGACAUCAGUUCUGAGUGGUGGGAUGACAAGCUGCACACCAGAGGCAACUCAAAAGCCUGGGACUCUUUGCCACCCAGCAAGAGGAAGAAGGCACCUCUUGUUUCUGGCCCCUACAUUGUAUACAUGCUGCAGGAGAUAGACAUCCUGGAGGACUGGACCGCCAUCAAAAAGGCCAGAGCAGCAGUGUCCCCUCAGAAGAGAAAAGCAGAUGGACCAUGACCUUGCCAGUCACAGCCAGGGGAUCAUGGAGCAACUGGCACCACACCUGGGAUUCACAUUUUUCUGCAAAGGCAAGAGCUGCCCAGCAACUCUCCAGUAUUUACUGCUGCCUCCUCUCCCCAGCCAUCACUGGCCUUGGACCCCUUUGCCCUCCUUGGGGCCUGCACAGCUGUGGCCCUGGAGCUGACCUGUGUAAACAAGACUGUGGUCUCCAUUCUUAGCCAGCUCACCACCAGCCCCUUCGUGAAGCGUAGCCUCCUCAGUGUCCCCUGGACAAAGAAUACAGGCCUUAUUUGAAGCCAAAGCAACAGCCCUUCUGACCUCAGACCCUGGCCCCUCAGCCAUUGAACUGGGGAGCUGAGCCUCACUGCAGGAGGAACUCUUGCUCUAGAAGCAAUAUGUUGGGGUCCCGCCCAUCCCAGCGGAGGUGGCAGCCAGGCUCUGCAGGGUUUCUCAGGUCAUUCCUGGUGUCUGCCUCUUAGAUUUUAAGGACUGAAAUUAAAAUCAUUCCUAGGA